CGCGCGGCGCCAUGGCCGCUGGCUCCGCGGGCGCGCUCGCGCUCGCGCUGGUGGCGCUGGAUGAUGGUGGUGCAGCAGAUAAGAUUCGUUUAAUACCUCAAGACUUUUUUGCUGAGCUGUGUGAACAAAUAAUUCAACAUCUGAACCAUAAGAUCCCAGGUGUAAAUACAGCUGAAUUGUGUCAGAGAAUUCAGACAUUGGGGGUUGACAUUACUAUUGGUGACCUGGCAAAAGUAGCUAACACUCUUUCAUUUCUAUUUAGCACAGCAGCCAGAAACAACCUCUCUACAGAAGAACUUGUCACCACCUUGGGUAGUGGCAUCAGCACACUGCCAAAACAUGCAGUUCAAGUUAUUCGUCACGUGUGGAAUGAGCAGGGCAAAGCCAUUGCUGUGUCAGAAGAUGCAAGAAAUACGGCCACAGUGGGGCAGUUUGUAGAUAUGAAAUGGAAACUGGGAGUUGCGAUGAGUUCUGACACCUGCAGGUCUCUGAAGUACCCAUAUGUCACAGUGACACUAACAGUGGCAGACCCUUCAGGACAAAUAACAGACAAAUCUUUUGAAAUGACGAUACCACAGUUCAAGAACUUCUUCAGACAGUUCAAGGAAAUGGCAUCUGUUCUUGAAACAGUUUGAAGGGAACUUUUAUUUUCAGUGACAUGUUGGAGGAAGAUCAAGUAAACUUUCCAUUCUGCAUAGGGAAUAAAGUGCCAUUGUUCAGCCAGAUACCUCACUUCAACCUCUGAACUAGAAAAGUCAAGCAAAAACUUGAAAAUUCAGGCUGGAGAGGUAGCCAAGCACGUCAGAGAAAGGACCACACUAAAAGAUUUCUUUGCGUGUUGCAUUGUAACAGGCAGCCACUGGACUGUGUUGUGCAUGCUUGUCCUAAGAAGGUGUCCUAACCAACAAAAUAUUGACUUUGAUGUUGAAGAAUGGGGGCAUUUCUAAAGGGGAGUGAUUAAUCCAAUGUGCUUGCAUGCUCUCCUCUUAAUUUUUUUUUCUUGAAUUUUCCGUAAAACAAAACACACUGCAAAUAUUGUGGGAUGUAAAAAAAGCAAUACUGUUGCAUCUCCAGAUGUGCUGGUGGUGUAGUAGAACAAGUAAAUUUGAGGAGAGAUAAUUCACACUGAUAAGCAGAUUGAAGUUUCUGCUUCAACUUUGGGCUGGCAGGGACUGAGUACCAGCUUUGCUGGGACAGAUCCUCAAAUUAUUUCAGGCCCACUUAAAGUGUGAACACCUACUCUACCUUUCUAACUCAAAUCUGUUUUUUAAAUUAACAUUUUUUACGAGCUGACUGAAAGUCAUUGAUACAGGUUAUGCCUGCCUUUUUGUGCUAUAAAAAUAAACUGUAGCACAUUGUGCGUGCUGCAUACGCUACAAUCCUUUCAGGAAUGCCCCUAUUUUAAGCAUUAUGCAUGAUGCGUAAAAACAGUACUUGGACUUGAUUAGAAGCCCAAAUAAGUGAAAUAGUGUUGACUUUGAGGAAAGUUUUUGGCCAUGACCAUGGAUCUGGAUGAUACUUUGUUUAUGCUGGUUGAAGUCUGAGGUGUUUGCUUUGUGGCUGGGGAGAGGAGAUUGGUCUUUCUGGGACCCUCCUCGUGUAGUGUCACCAAAUGCUCUUGGGAGCACACUUCCCAUUUGUCUCUUCCCUUGUCUGUCUGCAAGGGCUCAGGGCUGAAUGAUAGAGCAAACAAAUGUGUAUGGAAAAGGGAUGUGAGCAGCUGAUUUCUUUUGUUGUUUUUACUUUGCAGAAGUGGGAGUGUAAGGCUGCUAUAACUGGAAAACAUUGUCAUGCUUUGGCCUAGUGAAUUAAUUGUUUUACAUCAAUGCAAGAGUUCCAGAAAAAAUAUGGUUGUAAUUUUUUUUUAGUAAAGCUGGAGCCUUACAAAUAACUUCCUAUGUGUUCCAAUGCACAUACAUUCUUCAUAUAGCUGGAAAUACUUGUGCCUUCAUUGGAACUGCAUGGAAAAGAAGAUUUAAUUAAUCAUGUCUUAACAAUUCAGUAGAUGUUGGAAGGUAAUGAGGAAACUCCCAGUUACCAUUUUUGCUUGCCCCAUCAGCAAAAGCAGCAAGUUGUCAGCCUUUGUAAAGACUUUUAUUUUGCCAAGUCAGAUAUUCUAGAAGUAUUGAUGAAUAUUUUUUAAAAUGUCCCUGAACUCCAGCAUGUUGUAAUUCUGGCUGGAAGAUGCUUGGCCAUGUGUACUACACUAAUUUACUGUCUUGAGAAUUUUCAGAAGAGCUAUGAUUUAAAGUUGGCUAUGUAUUCAAACUUUUGAAAUGUGCCCUGAUCACUAUUAGCAGGAGUUCAUCUACUGAGUAAUGGAAGAAUUAAGUAUUUUAUUAAAAGGAAACCAAACAAAAAACUUAACAGUUUUAAGGGUAGCAAUAUUAAUAUGUCCAAACAAGCUGGUGAUUUGUUUGUCUAUAUGUGCAGAAACCAGAUCUUUUCAAAGAAAAUCAGGAGUCCUUAUGUGUUCCUAAUUCUAAUUGUUGAUUAACAGAAAUUGUAUAACAUGAAUAUUUUUGUAAGUCCACAAAUAGUCAUUAAACAUGUAGGUAAUAAAGACAAAGCUGAUCUGUGUUUUGGUUUAAGCCUACUGCAUGGAAGUCUGUCUUGUAAAUAUUGCAAUGAGUAAAGUUCAGGACUAGACAAUGACUAAA